AUGGCGAACGCCAAGCUCGUCGCAGUCGUGGCCACGCUCGUGAUCUUCCUGGAGGUGUCAUCCUGUGCCAUGGCACGGCACCACGGUAAGCCGGACCCAUGCAGCGGUGAGGAUGAUGGCUCCAUGCCAGGCCUGCUGCACAAGCACAAGAAGCCCGGCCACUGCCCGUCGCCAGGCGGCGGCAGCGGCGGCGGCACUCCUGGCAUCAUGACAGUGAAUGGGUUCCAGAAAGGCGAGGACGGCGGAGGGCCGUCAGAGUGCGACGGCAAGUACCAUAGCGACAAGACCUUGAUUGUGGCGCUGUCAACACGGUGGUACGCCGGCGGGAGGCGAUGCCACAAGCCGAUCCGCAUCACGAGCAAGCAAAACGGGCGCAGCGUGGUGGCCCGAGUGGUGGACGAGUGCGACUCCAACCAUGGCUGCAAGGACAAUAUUGUGGACACCUCUCAGGCCGUGUGGGAUGCCCUUGGGCUCGACAGCAACAUUGGCGAGGUGCCAGUCACCUGGUCCGAUGCAUGA